AUGGAGGACGGCGAGCUGGUGAUCAGGCUCCCUGGGCGAUCCGACUCCCCACUGGGCAGCAGGGGUUCUGGUGGGGUAGGCGAGACCCUGGUGCUGAGGCACAAAGAGGUUCACCACUUCUUCUUUGUCCCCUUCAGGGAGCAGCCCAUCUACAGCACGAGGGCCCACGUCUUCCAGAUCGACCCCAACACCAAGAAGAACUGGCUCCCCGCAAGCAAGCACGCCGUCACUGUGUCCUACUUCUACGACAGCACGCGCAAUGUCUACCGGAUCAUCAGCCUGGACGGAACCAAGGCAAUAAUCAACAGCACCAUCAGUCCGAACAUGACGUUCACAAAGACGUCACAGAAGUUUGGCCAGUGGGCGGACAGUCGAGCGAACACUGUCUACGGACUGGGUUUCUCCACCGAGCAUCAUCUGUCAAAGUUUGCAGAGAAGUUUGCAGAGUACAAAGAAGCAGCGCGGCUUGCGAAGGAGAAGAGCCAGGAGAAGAUGGAGAUGGCCACGUCUCCCUCUCAAGAGUCUCCGGCCGGUGAGCUCGCCUCCCCCCUCACCCCUUUGACUCCCCCCAUGGAAAACAUCAACGGCACGGAUGAGAUCUGCGACACGACUCCCAACUCGGACAGCCGUCCGGAGCCGGCGCAGAACGCUCUGGCUUUCGCACACAGCCCGGCCAUGACAAAACACUGGGAGGCUGAGCUGGAGGCGCUAAAGGGGAACAACGCCAAGCUGACGGCGGCUCUGCUGGAAUCCACGGCCAACGUCAAACAGUGGAAACAGCAACUGGCUGCCUACCAAGAGGAGGCAGAGAGACUACACAAACGGGUGACAGAGCUUGAGUGCCAGAGUAACCAAACCCCGGUGAUCAAAUCCCAAAAGACAGAACUCAACCAAACCAUAGAGGAGCUGGAGAAUGUGCUGCGGGAUAAAGAAGAGGAAAUGGAGAAGUUAAAAGAAGAACUGGAAAACAUGAAUGACCUCAUGGAGCAGAAAGACACUCUGACUCAGAAGCUUGAAGAGACGGAGCUGCGCAGUCGGGUGCUGGAGGAGCAGCUAGCGGGAGCUGAGCAACGACUGGAGGAGAACCAGGAAGAGCAGGAGAGUUUCAGGAAGAGCCUGCGGACGCUGCUGGAGCUGCUAGACGGCAAGAUCUUUGAGCUGACGGAGCUCAGAGACACCUUGGCUCGUCUCAUAGAGGAAGCCAGCUAGAGACAGAGGGUGUCGACCUUCACAGACAGAGCCAUAUGAUGAUUUAUUUACAGCCCAGCACACAGACCAAUCCCACCCUCCAUAACUCCUCGUGUACCCUCACCCACAGAAAUCUGAGACAAUGCACUGCCCACACUCACAGUUUAAACACAAGGGGCAGCUGAUCCCUGAUUUUUACCUUGAAGGCAUCAGGUUCCUAUCUUCUGCAAGCACUCCUGUAGUUGAACACGAUGCAGGGACUACCUCAGCUUGCCUUCUGAUUGGCUGUCGUACACUCGGUCAAACCGGUCAAGCUCAGUUGUAGAGAUGCCACACACAUAAAAACAAACUGUGCCUCGGCGCCAUCUGCUGUCUGAAUGGGAGAGCUGCACCGUAGUGCGGAACAUUCACUCAAACACACAUUACUCCUCUUUAAAGCGGCCCUCCAGGGGAAAAUGUUGAAAGUCAUGUGGAAAUAAUUGCUGUUAAGACUUAAAAGAACUGCGCCAAAGCUGCCAAACCCCCCUCCACCCCCACCAAAAAAAUGUUGUCCUCUAACUAGCAGAUGCUUUGAUCCAAAGUGACUCACUGUACAGGGAAGUUUUGAACAGAAGAACCCAUGUUUGAGCCCGGGCUGCCGAGGAACGCAACCGCAUCGCUGAACAUCCCCAGCCUGGAUUUACGAGGCUGCUGGGAAAUGGAGUCUGACAAAUAUACAUAUAUAGUUUUUUCUUUUAGCUUCUGUAUGCCCCCCCCCCACCUUAUUACAAAAACCUAUAUGACAGAUAAGCAAUGAAUCUUCCAGAUGGCCUUUUUUCAUGCAACACAAAAAUUUGAGUGCUAUAGCUGAAAUGAGAAAUCUCGUAUCCAGACAGCUUCCACUAUCACAGUAGACAUGACCUGUCUUCCUGCCAAACUCAGUGUGGCGUGUGUGUCCUGAGGUUUGAUAUGAUCAUGUGCACUCGUAUAGAUGCAUCUAAAUAAACUGCAUCAACAAAAAGUUAUUUUAAACUAGUAAAAAAAAAAUUUAAACUGGAAUUUAUUAUUAUUUAGCUUGGUUACACAGAGAAUUAUGUUUUUUAAGUGUUUAUUUAUUUUACUUUGAUUAUUAUGGCUUACAGCAAAUGGGACCCUUAAAAUUCUGUUAAAACUAUAUUACAUAAGACCAAUAAAAAAUAAUCUAAAUACAUAAAUAUUUUGUCCAUAUGCUGCGUCUAAUAUGCAUUCACUAACUGGUUGAGGGUUUCUUCUUUUCAUUUGCACAAAUUACUGCAUUAGAGCUGCGUGACAUGGAUGUAAUCAGCCUAUAGAUCUGCUGAGGUGUUAAGGAAGCCCAGGUUGCUUUAAUAAUGGCCUUCAUUUUGCCUCCUUUCUUGGGUCUGAGAUUGAUAGAUUCUUAGGAGGGUUUGCUGACCAAUUAAGUUCUCUGCAAAAGAUCUGCAAAACAUACUGAACCACAACUGAAAAUGCAAAGCCAGAGAGAGUUAUACUGCAACCUUAAAGCUUCACUCGGAAGAAAUAUUUUGUAGGAUACCAUAUUUCAAGUGUACUGCAUUCACUCCCCCAAGCACGCAUACUGAUAAUGUAUUUAGAUAGUUCGAUAAAUUCUUGAAUAGACUUUUCUUUGCAAUUCAGAGCUCAUUCCUGUUUAUCACGCUGCUUUAUCUUUGUACUCAAAAGUUUAACUUUCUGAGGUCCAUGUGUAAAAUGCAACCUCCCCUCAAGUUGGAUUUUUAACUAGUAAAUUUGGAAGUUGCUGAGUGCGACCGUGGGAUUGUUUCUUGAGUGGGAAAGCCUCAAGUUCCACGGCAACCUCAAGAUCAGAAACCAAUAUGGCUGCUGCUGCACGUCAAAAACAGAGCAAGAGUUUUAAUUGUAAAGCAUUUACUUCCACUCCUGAUAGUGUGUAUCUCGUUAAACCAGAAUAAUGCUUAGUAAUGUAGAUGUUCAUUUAGUGCUUGAACAUAUUUAGCAACACAUUGUUUUCAUCGUGCUAACUGUAGUUAUCAACUAAUAGCAAACACAAACUUGUGGCACCGAGCUUGAGCUCAUGAGGCAAAUUUACAAUGCAUUAUGCUUCUGUUUCUACCAAACUUUUUCCUUCCACUUAACUUUUCAUUAGAAUUCUUGGAUACAGGGCUCUGAACAGCCAGCUUCUUCAGCAAACUGUCUUUCUCUCUUUGUGAAGGGUUCCCUGCUGAGACUUUUACAUUAAAAAACGUUUUUCUUUUAUUGUCUUGUAUAACAAUCCAAAUUUCUCAAGAAUUUUGUAUUAUUACAAACUGUGAGCCAUAAUCAUCAAAAUUAGAAAUAAAAGCUUGAAAUAUAUCACCUUUUAAUGAAACAAAUGACUUUUUCAGUGGUAUGCUAAUUUGUUUAGAUGAAUCUGUACUUGGGCACGUUGUGCUGUUAGAGAGGUCUGCACACACCCUCACACCCACACGCAAACACACACACACACACUGAGCAAUAUAAGACAGGCUCUAUACAACACCAACUCUAUCAGGUACUCUACUCAGUGGGCCCGUCCUGAAGGGUCAAACAUGAUUAAGCUGAUGCGCCCCCUCUCCAACAGAAAGUGUACCACUGACCGCAUUACUGUGUGGCAGCCCUGCGUGGUCCGAGUAGUGCAAACCGAAGGGCUUACAGAGCGUCAUCCUCAUGUCUGUAAAUCUCCACCCUCAGUGAAACUGGCCACCGAUUGUCACGCCUCAGAGGUGACUAUUCAACCGUUCUCAGUUUAUAUUCUUUUUCUCUUCUUUUUUUUUAAGUGAAGAUAUAACACUGGUGAUAUAAAUAUAAAACUGUACAACACAACUGUCUUACUCUUGCUGGCAUUGUAAAUGAAUGGAUGGACAAAUCAAAAUGCAGUAACACCCUGCGGUGACUUAUUGUUGUGUAUUAACCCACGGCUGAAAGCUUUUUCUCUGUAACACCAUGUAAUAACACCGUGUUACAAGUUUUAUACUCUUACUGUAUAAAAGCAGCUCUGAAGCCCUGUGAAAUCUUCAGUUCUCUCCCUCCAAAGUCAGCAAAAUUGUAUUUUUUUUUUUUUUUUUACAGAAGCUGUAUCUCGACAAGGUGCUGCUGGUCUUAUAUCUAUCUGAGCUCCCUGUUUGCACUGUUAUGACACCGUUGUAACUCCAUUAUAUGCCGACAGACUUGCAUUUAGCAUUAGCACAGUAUAAUUAUGUAGUUAAGAAACCUUCUGUAGUUAGUUACACAGGUUAAUACACUGGAAUAAGACUCAUGUAAAACGGGGAAUGUUACUUAUUUUCUGUCUGAUGUAUGUGUAGAGUGGAGUGACAGAGAUGAAAUACUUUAAUAUUAAUGCUAUUGUUAAUGAAUGCCUUUGUACAGUAGUGGAUAAAAUGCUUUUCAUUCUCCUGUUUUUGUAACUUAUGGUAUUUCAGUGUAGGUAUUAACAUUGUAUUUAGAGGUAUGAGAAGACUGGCAAUAUUUUUGACUAUUUAAAGUAAUUUUGAACUCAUGACAUUAAAGAGGUACCUCAGGCUUACGAGAUUUCUCAGAUUGGUGAUAUUUGGUCGUUUGCAGGUAAAGAGGUUUUGUUAAACGUUAUGGUUGAAAACAGGUCAAGAGGCCCACCUGGUUAAUUAAAGCUGUGAUGAAAUGGUAGAUGCAGUUCACUGCUCAGGGCAGCAUUUUGUCCAGGGGCAGCACGAGCCCAGGAUGAGGGGUUUGGGUAGCUAUCGCUCCGUCGCACCCCAAACAAGCUGAGGGUUUACACUGAUGCCUGCCUGUCAUGUUGUAUUUAGCAUCUGAGUCAAGGAUUCCCAUUUGGAGCUAAAUUAAAGGACUUUCACAUUUAGAAUUACUUGAACUGAGCAAACCUGAACUGGUCAGAUAUCGAUUAAUAAAUAUAUUGAGAUUA